GCCUGGGCGGACGCCUACGGGCUCUCCGCCGACUCGCUGCUUCCGCCCUCGCCCCUCUCCCUUCCGCCCUCCCUCCCCCCCGCCCCUCAUCUCGAGGACUGCACCGCGCUCACAGCGCUGCGCCAGCAGGCGGAGCAGCGGGGGAAAGGGGGGGAGCUCCCCCUAUGGGCGGAGCCCCUAGACUCGUGCAACCCCUCGCCUCACCCCCCUUGGGUUCGCGGGACGGACGUGGCCAAUCUGGCGAUGACACGUGUCGUGCAGAGGGACAUUUGGGCGAACCAGUUCCCAGGCGGCACGUGUGCGGACAGGCGCCUGCUGGUGGUGUCGUGGCCGCCCGACUUCCAGCAUGGGGUGGGGUCCCAGGUGCAUGUGAUGACGUCAUUCCUCAGCAUAGCCAUGCGCCACAAUCGCACGCUCGUGCCCGACCCUUUGAACUACAACCGCGCUUACACCGACCAGUGCGCAGACAUGAGCAAGGCAGGGCAGUGGGACUGCUACUUCUUCCCGAUCGUGGCGCCGGACUGUGAGCGCGUGGUGAUGGCUGCCAAGGACGCCAACAACGUGGUGUGGGGCAAGGAAGGCGUGGGGGCGCUGUGUGCGUCGCAGCACCGCGUGGUGGGCGUGGAGGGCAUGCCGUACCUCGACCUCGACCACGAGGCCUCCGCUGCCCUGCAGUGGGGGCGGCCACACUUGGGCCGGCCCAGCACGGUGUGGUUCCCCCCGGGCGCCGCGGCCAACGAUGACAGGACCCCUCAGGUGCACUGGUGGCGGGCGCAGGCGGUGCGCUUCAUGCUGAGGUGGCCAUCAGCCCAUCUCUGCCACGUCAUCAACCAACAGAGACACACCGCCUACGGCAUGCACGUCGCCAAUCGAAUCGCUCGCUUCGCCGAAACCCAAUCAGAUUUGAUCGCUGCAAUCAAAGCCACCUCUCACAACAGCACCAGCAGAGCCGCCAGCACAAACAGUACCCCGGGCACCAACAGCAGGAAGAGCAGCACCAGCGCCAGCACCGAGAGCAGCGAUGGCAGCCUGCCUGCGGAAGCGGCAGCAGUGGGCGGCAUGUCAUUUGCAUCGCCUGGCGUGCGCGCCGCACUGGCUCGCGCACCCUGGCCGUUCCACUCCCCGGCCCCCUCCCUUGCCCCGGACCGCCAGCAAGCAGCACUGGGAGAGGGGGUGCAGGGCGUGGGGAUGGGUGGUGAGGCUGUGGGGGAAUCGGGCAGUGGUGGUUGGAGGCGGUGCGAUGCGGAGGGAGGAAGCAGUGGCCGUGCUGCCGAGGCUGUCAGCAGGCUGGCUGGUGAGGUGGCCCAUGAGGCAUACGUGGUGCGACCGGUGGUGGCGGUGCAUGUGAGGGGCAGCGACAAGGAGGAGGAGAUGGGGCUGCUGGGGCUGCCCGUGUACAUGUACUUCGCCCACCAGCUCCGCCUGCUGCUGCCCGACCUCAGGCACGCGUGGAUCAACACCGAGUCCCAGGCUGUGAUUGACAGCCUCACCUCGUACCGCGAGUGGACGUUUCUCUACAGCAGCAACGCGCGGCAAGCAUCCUCUUCCAACAACACGAGGGAGUACGACGACAAGCAGUCCGUGGCGGCCAGCUUUGCCAGCCUUCUCAUAGCGUCGCAGGCUGACGUGUUCAUCGGCACUCUGGGCUCCAAUUGGAGCCGCCUGAUGAAUGAGCUGCGCUCCACCAAUGGCCGGCUCUUCAACACGUUCAUUGCACUCAAUGAUGGGGAGUGGUGA